AUGCAACAACAAUCCCAGCCGUACCGUCGAGUGAGCGUCAGUCGCGCUCGAUCCCUCUCUCGUCCAGAACGUCAGCGACCGCGACAAGGCAUGCUCAACCGAACACCAUCGCAACAUCGAGCUGCGGCCGACACGCCGAUGCCCAACCAGGGACGCCCUACUGAUCCAGAAGAAGACGAAAUCAAGCCCAAGGUGCUUGUCAGCUGGUGGUCCUGGAUUGCAUUCUUGGUGACGUGCUGCUUCCCCAAUUGCUGUAUCAAAGUCGUCUUUCGGAAACCCAAUGCGCUGAUGCAGCAAGCUUGGCGUGAAAAGAUGGCCUUGUGCUACAUCAUUCUGCUUCUGAUGGGUGCACUGGCGUAUAUCACUUAUGGUCUGAACCAGACAUUGUGUCCGGACUCUGUACAGAACCCGCCGUUUUCGAGCGUGCUUGACGGCGUGCGGACACCAAUGUACUAUGACAAUCCUCGCGUGUUUGGAGAAUUCUACAGGAUGGAGGACUUGCAAAGCUUCUUUUCGUCGAAAGGCUUGGAGCUCAACAAUGACUAUCAGAACAUGGAAAUCGGCUCGAUCUUUGACGGCGAUACCGCAGGCGUCUGUUCCGGAUUUGAUCAAGGCAGCGCAUCGACAGUAGGCAACUGCAGAUUGGACAGCCCUUAUGGCGGCUCGAUUUCCACAUCGGACGGCAGCUGCUUGUCGCUUCGAGAAUUGCAGGCAUUUGCGUCGUCCACGGGCACGAUUGGCUUCGAAUGGGCGGACUUGAGGCCGGGCGGUGUUGACACUCUCGGACAGACUGAUCUUGUAGUCCUGGGUGACAUAGUACUCAACAUCACAAAGUACAUUGACGAGAACACCCAGUUCUUUGGCGAAGACAUCGACACUGCACUGCGAGCCACCCGCGGCAACGACGGCUCCCUCGCCGUCAUGUACAGCGGCGGCAAGACCACCCGCGACUGUCUCCUGGCAAGAUACACCGUAGGCAACAUGGAAACCGAGUCCGGUGGCUGUAUUGCCAACACCAUCGUCAUGAACAUGAUGCUUGCUGUCAUUGUCACCAUCAUUGCUGUGCGCUACUCGAUGGCCCUGCUCUUCCAGUGGGUCAUUUCCAAGCGUCUUGUCAAGCCCGGCGGUCGUUCCAACUGGCUCGCUUGGCGCUCGAUCAAGGGUGGCAACGACGACCCUGCCAACCACAUCCCGGGCCCUUACAACAACUACGGACCAAUGAAUGCUGCACGCGGCUCGUCUGCCUCGGUCAGCUCGGGCGCAUCAUCUUCGCGCGGCCCUCAGAGCGAACAGAGCUCAGCAUUCAACCUUGGAAACAACCCGACGGACAUUGUCUCGACUGAACUGUACUCGGUGAUGCUGGUCACUUGUUAUUCGGAAGGCGAAGAUGGUCUUCGUACCACCAUGGAUAGUUUGGCGGAAACAACUUACUCAAAGAAGCACAAGUGCUUCUUUGUGAUUGCUGACGGUAUGAUCACGGGUGCAGGCGAGACAAAGUCGACGCCAGACAUCGUGGUCAGCAUGAUGGAUUUGGACCCUGCCAUGGCCAACCCAAAGGCUGCAUCUUACCUUGCUAUUGCAGACGGUGAAAAGCAACUGAACAUGGCGAAAGUGUACGCUGGCCACUAUAAGGGCGUACCUUGUGUCACUAUUGUCAAGUGUGGUACCGAAGAAGAACAGCAAGGUGCCAAGGCAGGCAACCGUGGUAAACGUGACUCUCAGCUUAUUCUCAUGUCGUUCUUCCAACGCGUCUUAUUUAACGAUCGUUUGUCGGAGCUUGAUUACGAGAUAUUCUGGAAACUGACCUGGCUGAUGAAGGGAGUGACACCAGAUAAAUUUGAAUUGGUGCUUAUGGUCGACGCCGACACCAAAGUCCUGCCCGACGCAUUGACGUACAUGGUCGCAGCAAUGGCCAAUGAUAUCACGAUUAUGGGUCUUUGUGGUGAAACGCGCAUUGCAAACAAACGAUCCUCUUGGGUUACAGCCAUCCAGGUCUUCGAGUACUACAUUUCGCAUCACUACGCCAAGGCCUUCGAAUCGCUGUUUGGUAUCGUCACCUGUCUGCCCGGUUGUUUCAGUAUGUUCCGCAUCAAGGCACCCAAGAACGGUGCCUGGGUUCCUCUUUUGGCCAACCCCGACAUCAUCCUCGAAUACAACCAGAACGUUGUCAACACACUGCACGAAAAGAACCUGCUCCUUCUUGGUGAAGAUCGUUUCUUGUCAACCCUCAUGCUGCGCACGUUCCCCAAGCGACAAAUGAUGUUUGUUCCCCAGGCGCGCUGCCGUACGAUUGUCCCCGACGAAUUCAAGGUGCUCCUUUCGCAGCGUCGUCGUUGGAUCAACUCGACCAUUCACAACUUGAUGGAAUUGGUGCUUGUGUCCGACCUGUGUGGUAUUGCAUGCUUGUCCAUGCAGUUCUCCAUCUUUGUUGAUCUGAUUGCCGCCCUUGUCCUGCCCGCUGCUAUUGUCAUGACCAUUUACUUGAUCGUCACCUCUGCCAUAUCCGAUAGCCCGCAAUGGCAAUCUCUUGCCCUGCUUAUCUGUAUUCUUGGUUUACCUGGUGUACUGAUUGCCAUUACUACGUUCAAACUCAUUUACAUUGCCUGGAUGGCCAUUUAUAUCAUUGCUUUACCUAUUUGGAAUUUUGUCCUGCCACUGUACUCGUUCUGGCACUUUGAUGACUUCUCCUGGGGCGCCACGCGUAUGGUCGAAGGUGAAAAGAAGGAUAAAGGACACGGUGACGCUGAAGGCAAAUUCGACUCAUCUCGACUGCUUAUGCGCAAAUGGGAGGACUGGGAAGCCGACCGCACAGGUCAGCGGAUCACUCGGAAUCGAUUCACGCUCAAGACGCCCUUGGAUCCGCCCUUGGCUUUUGAUGGCAAGUCGACGGUCACCCCGGUUACACCAGCGUUUGGUAACAUCUUUAACGACCGGAAGAUGUUUAACUCGUCCACUUCUCUUGCGAGUGCCACACCAACACCGACGUCCACGCCACCUCCCCAUCCUCCAACUCCUCCUUCGGGAGCCCAAUAACCUUAUAACUUAAACCUCUACUACCAAACCCUUUCCCGCCGCACACACAAACACACACACAAACACACACACACACACCAAAAUACAACCAUGCACAUAAUUUAUAUAUCAUUUUCUCUUCAUCCCGUUCCUCUUCAUAUAUAAAAAAUCUACCCCACAUCCGCAUCACCUUUUAUCUUCCUCCACACCUUUUGUAAGUCCUGAGAAGGGCAAACCUUAUUCAUGAUCCUUUUACUUUUCUUUUUAGAUAUUACUUGUACAAAAUGCUUGCCAAUCUGCACCUUUUUUUUAAUAAUAUAAAAAGAUUAUCUAUUACUACUUCUGG